AGGGCCAGGAGGUGGUAGAAGUACCAAUCACCAGGAAGCUGCCUUGGCAUGCCCACUCUCGCCUCUCCGGCAGCCCAGUCCAGCAUGGUCAGACACCUGGUCCUGCUGCUGCUGGCCCUGGGGGUGCUGGCUGGGGAGCUGUUGCCGAGGACCGAGGCCCAGGCAACACCCUACGGAGUGAAACUUUGUGGCCGUGAAUUCAUCCGAGCGGUCAUCUUCACCUGUGGGGGCUCCCGGUGGAGACGUGCCCGCGAUGCUGUGGAAGAUGCCUUCCCAGAGGUGGACACUGACUCAGAGAGUGAGCUGGAUGAGGCAGUGGCCUCCAGCGAGUGGCUGGCCCUGACCAAGUCCCCUCAGGCCUUCUACGGGGCUGGACAGGGCUGGCAGGGAACCCCAGGGUCUCUGCGGGGCAGACGCGACGUCCUGACUGGCCUAUCAAGCAACUGCUGCAAGCGGGGGUGCAGCAAGAGCGAAAUCGGCAGACUCUGCUAGAGGCAGAACUGGGUGGCAGGGGGCCACCAGGGUGAAUGCCCCAGCCCUGCCAUCCACCUGACCGGCGUCCCGCUGGGCACUUGUUUCUGGUCCCUCACGCAUUCAUUCAUCAGCAGUUCACAGAGGUCCGGCACUGUGGGCUCAGAGUCCCCCCAACCCAACCCCGAUCUCUGAGCAGUCCAUCCCACCCCUGAGCAAGCUAUGCCGCAACCUGGCCAGAUGGGGACCCUCACGUCUGAGCAGCCCAUACGAUUCCUUUCCUGGCCUGUUCUGUCUCCUAUUGUCCCUACUUACCCAAGCUGGCCACACUCAGACCCUUGUCCAAGCUGCGACUCUCUCCUGUCCCACCUGUGGCCUUUCACCAGCCCAAAUUAUGCCCCCACCCCAUUCCAGCCUUCCUGCCUGCCUGCCCCUCUCCCUCCAACCCAGCCCGCUGGGAGGGGUUCUAAAGCUGUAGACCCCAGGGUUGGUGGAAGGACUCCUGGGUUUUUUUCAUAUCCUGGGGUGGGAAGCGCACUGUGUUUGUGGUGGGAACGGACCAGAACCUUCUCUAGCCCCUCAAAA